AUGUCACGACAAAAGGGCUCGUGUGAUGUCGCCAGUGCGACAUCUUUCAUUGUGGGAUGCGGUUGUGACACCUCGAAUAAUAAAAAACCGUCAGUUACAAACUCACAGCAAUCACAAUGCCUCCCGAACGGGCAUUGUGGUCUGAAAAUUUACCAGGUUAAUAUACCAAGUUCUAAACUUGGUGUUGGCUGUUCGAGCGGUAGAAGUGGUACUAAGCAGAAACAAGUGAGCUGGUACUGUCAUAGUUGUAAAGAGGGUAAGAUGGCAGAUAUAAGGCAAUGUGCUAAAUGCGGCAAGUGGUAUCAAGAGGAAUGUGUUGGUUUAUCAGCAGAUGAUAGGGACACUUUUGAGUGUCUUGACGGCUGU